UCUUUGAUUUCCUUAGAUAUCAUAGGUACUAACUACUCUUUGCUCUUUGAUUUAUACUGUCUGUGUUUAUAACCUCAAAAAUACACGCUAUCCCUAAGCGGCAUUUAUUUUUAUUAAUAUGUUGUUUAUUUAAAAUGCCGAAAAUCCACAUCGACGAGAUUUACCCAAAGAAUUCUGUGUAUCCAAUGGUAGUCAAUUUCCAAAAUGGUUAUGUGACGGACGCAUUACAAUCUCAAAGUUGUGUACUGCUACAGAACAAAAACAAUGGUGAAAAAGCUUUAGCUACAAAGAUAUCUGGACUCAUUUAUUCAGGUAAUGAAGUUAAGGAUGAUUUCAAAACAUUGAUACUAGCGCGAAACAAAAUAACCGGGAAAGUGCGGUUAAUAGAAACGGGCAUUGCAGAACUCAAGCCAAUGUUAAAAACCGACAAUAAUAAAACAAAUACUGAAUUGGAUACGAGUUAUCUGGAAUUAAGUAGAAAAUUUGGUUCGAAGAAGCAUAAAAAAAUUGUCGAGCAUCGUGAAAAACUCAAAGUGAAUGUUCAAACCGUAACAGAACAAAUGCAUAAUGUCACAGUCAACAUAACAGAAGAUCAAUUUGACUUAUCGUCAUAUAUCAAAACAGAUUCUGAUGAUUUCUAUAUACCUCCAAUAAACAGAGAUGCCGAUAAACCUGAAGACGUUUACGAUUUACAUAAAAUAUUGAGUAAAGAACAGUACGAUGAAAUAUACUCGGAAAUGGAAAAGGAGAACUACAAGUCUGAAUUGUUACCUUGGAUUAAAGACAUAGUAGAAACAAAGAAAAACAUGCCAGAAGAGUUAACAGUACUAGCAUUAUAUGCAAGCGUUUUACUGAAACUGUUUUCAAUUCUCACAAAGGAAAUCGUGAAAAAGAACUUUGUCAUAUGUGCUGCAUCACCGACUCUUAACAAGAUUGUAUUACAGAAUUUUACAACAAAUGUGAAUGGAAAAAGGAACCGACCAUUACAAUAUAAAGACAAAGCGUUUUGUCAUGCUUUAGUCUUUUUACUUUUGAUUAAUAACUUAAAAUAUGAUUUAGAUGAAAUUAGUAAAAAUGUUAAAUUCAGUUUGAAAACUUUUAUGGCUAAAUUUAAAGUAAUAGGUGCUACAAUUGUUACAUCUGGCAGUAAAAAAAUAGCUCAGCUAAAACUGCCACUUAGUACUGUUAGUACUGGCAGAAGAAAAAGUGCUAAAUUUUAAUUAAUUAAAAUGCUAUAUUAUAAAAAUAAUACUUUACUGUUUUUUUUUAGCAUAUACAAAUUUAAAAUAUACUCAUCAUAAGCCUAUUAAAAAUCCCUAGUCCUUAAACGAAAAAACCCCUAAAAAUUAUGUUAUAUAAAUAUUAAAUAUAAUAGUAACAGAAGAAUCAAAUUUGGUAUAACCAUUACAGAGGAACAAAAGUAUUAAACAUUUCUAGCAUUGCCUGCACAUUUUUUGGAAAUAUUUUAUUUUUUAGAUAAUCUGUACACAAAGAAACGAAAAGAAGACCCUGCAAGUUAAAAUAUUUACAAAGUUCCCAAUUUUUCAAAUUUGAGUUUUUUAAUAAGUUAGUUAUAAGGAACGGAAAUGACUGUCUUUGGUCCAUUCGAUUCCUGCAAAAAUCAACUUUUGCUAAAGUCACCAUCUAGUGGAGGUGCUUUUUAGUGCCUUCGUUUUUUUUUUAAACUUCCUCAUUAUGAUAUGAAAUAAACUGAGCGAAACAUUCGGCGAAAUCCAUAAGGGCAACACCAAUAAUUAAAAAGAAAAAGAAGACGAGUUUGGCUCAGGUUUUAUUGAUUUUCUUGGUCAUUCAAAUAAUCACCCGCACAAAAGCAAUAGUGACUUCAAACGUUACAUAAUUCCAUAAAUCUAUAGGACGUACGCUAUACCUUGGAAAGGGAUUAUGAUAAAUUUUAAGAUAAUACAAAUAUAUCACUGAUAGAAAUAAAAAAAAAUCAACUACUACAGGAUCAAAAAUUCAACAGAGGUUCACAGAACUUUCUAUAUCAAAUCAUUCACAUCUAGUAUUAAUUUUUAACAGACUCCAAAAGAAGGAGGUUAUAUGUUAGACGACUAUGUGUUUUUUAUAUAUGUAUUAAAGACAGAUAUAAAAAAAAAUUUUUUUUUGCCUAUGUGGGCCCAUUUAAAUUUUAUCGAAAUCGAAUCAGUAGUUUUCAUUUAUAUUUAACAAAAUACGUUUGUCAUCACAUAUAAUCUUAAUAAAAAGUUGAUAUGGUAAAACGUGGCCCAUUUCACCCAAAAAACAAAAAACUCAUUAAAAUCUGAAAGGAUAUUCUAUGUUCAAAGACUAUGUAUAUUUUUACCAGACUACGGCAAAUCGAAAAGGAGGUAUAUAAAGUAACUAU